AUGUUUAGAAUUGGAAGAAUAUUCCCCAUAUCAGUCCCACCUGCUCAUCCAAAUCCACUCACAAGAGUAUUUUUUGAUGUUGAUGUGGGUGGCACUCCAUUAGGUAGAAUAGUAUUCUAGCUCUUUGAUAAUAUAGCUCCAAAGACAGCAACUAAUUUCUUGAGAAUUGCUCAGGGGGUUUAAGUAGAUGGCAAGAAGCUUCAUUAUGAGGGAUCUUAAAUCAAUAAGAUUCUACCAUUCAGAGGAAUUUGGGGUGGCGCAUUAGGUGGAUCUAUCUAUGGAAGAACAUUCCCAGAUGAAAAUUACAGUAUCAAACAUAACAGAGCAGGAUUGCUUACAACUUCAAAUCCUAAAAUCAAUAGCAAUGAUGCUGGUUUCAUAAUUACUUUGGGUCCAGCUGAAUGGCUCGACAAAAAGUCAGUUGCAUUUGGAGAAGUAAUCUAUGGUAUAUAGCAUGUGAGAGCCAUAGAGAAAUUAGGUGGAUUAUCUGGUGCUCCAAAAAAGUCUGUUGUAAUUAAACAAAGUGGUGUCAUUACUGAACAUGAAUAUCAUAAAUACGAUGUAAUAGAGGAACCAAAUAUUUGGAAUUUGUAAAGUCAUCAUUGAUAGAUAAUCAAUAACAUAAUAAUAUCAAAAAGCA